UGUGUUAUUUCUACAAUGACGUUGCUCACUCGGUAGUAGACUGUUCUGCUGGGCGCUCCUAGCUUUCCUUCAGAGAGCUGCUUUUGUAAACUCAGCCCCGGGAAACCAUGGCCGAGCAGGCCUCGGAAUCCACACGGUCGCCGCAACAUGACGGGGUUAUACAGCUGUCAGCGGCCGAGCAAGAGCAAGAACGAGCCGACUUCCUGAAGCUCAAACAACAGCUGGAGAUAGAGUUCAACCAGAAGCGAGCCAAGUUUAAGGAACUCUAUCUGUCUAAAGAAGAUGAACUAAAGAGGCAAGCUGCUAUACUGGAGAAGGCCCAGGCCGAGCUGAGCAGGGUUCAGGCCCAGUUGGAUGAUGCUCAAGCUGAGAUGGAGACCAUUAAAGCCGUGGCCACCGUAUCUGAGAGCACAAAGCAAGAGGCCAUCGACCAGGUCCGACAGCAGUGGCAGGAGGAGGUGGCUUCACUGCAGGCUAUUAUGAAAGAUGCAGAAUGUGAGUUCAAGCUGCAGUUCCAGCAGAAACUUGAGCAGGAGCGCGCUCAGUGGGCUCAGUAUCGUGAGGCGAUGGAGCGUGAGGUGGCCGAGCUGCGCCGCCGUCUCUCUGAGGGACGGGAGGAGGAGAAUUUAGAGAAUGAUAUGAAAAAGGCUCAGGAGGACGCGGAGAAGCUGCGCUCUGUGGUGAUGCCGAUGGAGAGCGAGAUUGCAGCUCUGAAGGCCAAACUGACAAGCUCGGUGGAUCGGGUGAAGGAACUGGAGGCGGCAAAGGGGAAGGAGCUCAAUCAUGUCCUGGAAGCUGAGAAAUCGUGCCGCACAGACUUGGAGAUGUACGUCGCGGUCCUUAACACACAAAAAUCUGUCCUUCAAGAGGAUGCAGAGAAACUUCGAAAGGAACUCCAUGAAGUGGUUUAUUUAUUGGAGAUGGAGCGGCAACAGCACAAUCAGCUGAAACACACUUGGCAACGGGCCAACGAUCAGUUCCUGGAGUCGCAGCGGCUGCUGAUGCAAGACAUGCAACGCAUCGAAAGCGUGCUGUCCUCCGAGCAGCUGCGGCAGGUGGAGGAGAUAAAGAAGAGGGACCAGGAGGAGGAUGAAAAAGAGAGAUUGAGUGAAGCUAAAGAGGCCAGUGAGGAUGAAGUGACAGAACAUGCAGAGGCAGUGGAAGAUUCUUUGCUCGGAUUCUCUAUAGAAGAGUCUCACCUCAGCCAGAGCAUUCACAGUUCUUUGCACUCGCUGGACGCAGACACUCCGGGCCGUCCGGACGGCUCCGACCCUUAUAAGGACGGCCUUCGGAGGGUUCAGUCCACAGACAGCCUGGGUUCUUCAGGAGGGACACUACAGCCUCACGGGCUGGGUGGACAAAACAACAAGGCCAAGUCAGCCAGCCAGUUGGAUGAGUCGGACUUUGGUCCUCUAGUGGGGGCAGACUGUGGGGGCUUUGACAGCAUGGACACCUCCUCCAUAUCCUCCCUUCAGCCGGGACAGUUUCUCCUCACCAAAGACCAAGAGAAGGCCAUUAAGGCCAUGACCCCAGAGCAGGAGGAGACCGCGUCACUGUUGUCCAGCAUCUCGCAUACGGCCGACAUGGCUUAUCUGCCUCCGUCUGGAUACCGAUUGGUCAGCGAGAGCGGGUGGAGACUUCUGCAGCAAGAGCUGAAGAAUGCUGGAAGGAAGCUGGGCCGGAGAUGUGAUAUGUGCUCUAAUUAUGAGAAACAGCUGCAGGUCAUUCAGGGACAAGAGGCCGAGACUCGAGAUCAGGUAAAGAAGCUUCAAGCGAUGUUGCGGCAGGCAAACGAUCAUUUGGAGAGGACGAUGAAUGAGAAGCAGGAGUUAGAAGACUCUGUCAAACAGGCCAAUGAGGAGACUGCUGCCAAGAUCUCAGAGUUGAUGCAGAAAGUUCAGGAGUCUGAAUCUCUAGUCAGCGCUCUUCAGCAGACCUUCAGUCAGGCCAAGAGGAACACCCAGGAACAGAUGGCUGUCUUGCUGCAGUCCCGAGAGCAGGUAACAGAAGAGUUGAACAGACUGCAGAGAGAUAAUGAUAGUCUUCAGGGUAAACACAGACUUCACCUGACACUACAGCAACAAGAGGACUUUCACAUGCCAGCCACUGUACAGGAGCUGCAGCAGCUGGUAUUGCAGUACAGGCAGGACAUCAUCGCCGCCCGCACGGCUGCAGAGCACUUAGAGGAGAAACUGAAAGCAGAAAUCUUGUUCUUAAAAGAACAAAUCCAGGCAGAACAGUGUCUGAAGGAGAACCUGGAGGACACGCUGCAGCUGGAGAUCGAGGGAUGUAAAGAGGAGAUUGCAUCUUUUUCCAGCCUUAAAACAGAACUGGAGCGAGUGAAGAGUGAAAAGGAGCAGCUGGAGAGCAGUAUGGCAGAGAAGAGCCAGACAUUGGAAAGUGUACAGGCCCUGAAGAACAGUCUGGAGGAACAGUUGAAAGAAACCCGCAGCACCAAGAGUGCUUUGGAGAAUCAAGUGUUUGAAGAGAAAGACAAGUCUCAAAGACUUCAGACCGAGCUGGAUGUCAGCGAGCAGGUCCAGAGAGACUUUGUCAAGCUGUCCCAGACUCUUCAGGUCCAGUUGGAACGGAUCCGACAGGCGGACUCAUUAGAGCGCAUCCGGGCCAUCCUCAACGACACUAACCUUACAGACAUCAGCCAGCUUCCUGAGACAUGAUGAUGUCACUUCCUCCUCAUGACUCCAGCGCUCAUAUAAACACACGCUCACAUACGAACUCCACCUCUAUCCCAGCUCUGACCCAACUUCAUCACUGUGCCCUUCCUGGCGAGACCUCUCUAGGCCCAGGGGGUCUGAAAUGAGAUGGGGGGGUUAAAAAAAACAAUCAUUUAAAGUCAAAGGUAAAACGAAUGGUGUGGGAAAGGUCCUGAGAGAGACAUGAGACGUUUUGGAGAUCACUAGUGACACCUGCUAAUGCUAUUGAAAUAUUGUAAAGCGUGUACAUACAUUAGCAAGGAGCAAGAUAAAAAACUGAUGUCGGAAGUGAAGAUGGGUUUUAGACGGAUUUGUUUCUUGUUGCAGUUUCCACCGUGGAUCUUGCAAGGAACUGCUGUUUUUUUAAUGAACGCACCUCGUGCGAGUUUAGGAAAUGGAAAUCGAGUCAAUGAUAAUCAUCUACUGUGACUAUUUCAUUUAUCUGAUUCUGCCAAAGUUCUCCCCUCUGUUCUCUUUACUCUUCUCUCCCGCUUCUCUUUCCAUCUUCCGAGCCAGAAUCAGUGACGUAUGAAGGAAGUACCCACCUGAUGUGUUUUGUACAUACGUGUAUACAGAUUAUGUGUGUAUAUUGCAUUAGAUAAGGUAAUACACGAGACUGUGACUCUCCGCCUUGACUCGCCCCUGACAGACGUCUUUCUCCUUGUCCGCAAAUCAUUUCAUUGGGCUGUGUGACUGUUUUACUUUUACAUACAUCUGCGACCCUUCUUUACAUAUUGCCUGAAGUUACUGCUACUCGGGUUGUAACCGAUGGGUAUUUUUGCUUGUUUUUUUGUUAAGGAUAUCUCAUACAUCAUACAGCUUCAUCUGUUGUUUAAUCUGAUUACAUUCACAGAUGUCAGCUAUUUAGUACCUGCUGUAAUUCAGAUGUACAUUUGAUUUGUCGGGUAUAGCGAAGUUUUUUCUUUUCGGGCUGAUAUCUGCAUAAUGAAAGACACCUUACAGUAGACUAAUAAAAACACACUAUGGUUA